ACUCUGGGAAAAUAUAUUCGCCAUUUUGAUGGAGGGAAUUGGAAAUUAAAAAUAUUGCAGUUUUAACGGUUUUGCAAGUACAUUUUAAUAUGUCAGUAGUUAAAAAAUAAUCUGAACUGAUCUGCAUGAUAAUUACAUCAGAUAAAAUGAUGUUUUGAACUUGCUUUGUCAAAACGUUUGAGGAAAAGUGGAGAAGAAAAUGUGACCUUUUUUAGCACCGCGUUUUUCUAACGAUCUGAACAAUAACAUGCCUUUAUUUACUUUAUGUAAAUCAAUGUUAAGACGAGUUAAAUUCUGUUUUACUGAAGUCAAAGUGAUAUAUUCUGACAUUUUUUGCUUGUAAUAUGCAUUUCACAAGAUGACUGAGUGGUAAUACUGUAAAGAACGGUGUCAAUAUAUCCAGGAAAUUUUAUCACAUUUGUUCAUGUGGUUACAAUUUCUGAAGAUGGAGGAAGACAUUUUGUAGCAUACAUUGUGACUUGCAAGCACUUGUUGCUUCGCAAAAAAGUGAUAAUAAAAAAAACUCUUCAUUCCUGAACAAUAAACAACAGAACAUUAGCUUUGUUGCGGUGCUAUCAUUUUCUUGCUCAGGAUCUGUUGAAAUUUGUCAUUUGUGCUCAGACGAAAAUUGAGUGCCUUAAACUAUACUGUUAAUAUUUAUUUUAUCUACUUAAAAUCAUUAAAUAUAACAGCAGGACAUAUUUAGAUAUAAAUAUCAUUUUAAAUCAUUUUGACACGGACAACAGAAACAACAAGUCAACUGACUGGUCUACAACCAAUCUUUGUUGGCAGCCUUGCUAUGGCUAUGGUUUAGGAUGGCCACAAACAACGCUCCUAAGCAUGACUUUGCUCCGGCUUGGCUGAAGAUUCCAAAUUCAGAGAAUUCUAAGCCACCCGGCAAUAAACAAGGUGAGACAAGCACAGAUGAUAGAUUCAAUCGUAGCUCUUAUAGGGAAGAUACUACUAUAUCACACAAAGGCCCAUAUGAAUCUAGUAGGCUGUAUCGGCAGUAUUCAUUAGAACAUAAUACUGAUGGAAGUAAGGGCUGUGCAGCAAUACUCCCGAAUAGCUGCCUGGCUAUUCCUACCUGCAAACGAUUUCCACCGGGUGCCAGCAACAAGUUCCGUCACCAUUCAGUAGAUGAUGAUUACUACGCAUACACAUAUGGACCCUAUGGUUAUUACAAUGGAUAUGGUUACCAUGACAAAUACGGAAUGCACUACAGCUCUCAGCCAUCAUUGCUGAGGUCAGGUGGUCAACGAGACAGCAAGUAUCAACAUCCUCAUGCUAGAUAUGGAGCAGGACAGAGUAUGAAUGUAGGCUAUCCACCAUAUUAUGACUUCAUACCACCAUACGACUACUACGGAAAUGAGCCUUACUACAACAACUACCCUCCUGGCCGAGGGGGUGCAAAACGGAAUUAUUACGAGAAAGACGGACGCAGCAACUCUAAAGAAGGAAAAGAUAAAGAUGAGAAGAAAGAUAAGGAGACAGAGAAAGAGAAACCAUUUAAUGAUGAUUUUGUAAGUAGAAUUCAUUUAAAGACCAAUAUCCCUAGACGACCGGCCCGAAUGAAUGGCAGCUACCCAAGAGAAACGGGCACAUACCCAGGUCUCAAAGCAAACACACCCACAAGUAGUUCUAGCAAUACAGGAGGCUCAAAAGAGGGUGCUCAGCCUUCUACACCUCCAAUGGACAUCCUAAACACCAGAUUUGUUACUCAACCAAAAACACUGUCUGAUAAGAAAAGCCAUUUCCUGAAAGCCUUACGACAAGAAGAUGAGAAGCUGCGACGGUCUGGAGAGUCGGAAGAUCUCGUGAAUGGAGUAGGCAGUCUAGGUUUACAUGAAGAUGACAGUCAUCUAUCCAGCUCGCUUGAAGCAGAACAAAGGUUACUGCGAGAGAUGGGUUGGAAUGAGGCAGAUGAGGAAGAGUAUGAAAUAACUGAAGAUGAUAUGAAAGAGUUUCAGAACCUCACGAAACAAGUACAACAGCGAAAUGGUCCUCUAAAUGGUAUGGCUAAAACCAUACCAAAAACAUGGAGCCCGAAACAUAUCCCUGUGUAUCUACCAAACACACAUGAACUAAACGAUACACUCUCUUCCUCGGAUUCAGACUCUGAUGAUGCUGACAAUUAAUCAGACGUUAAACAGCUGUAAAAGUAUGCUGGUUUUAUGUGUUAAAACACUAGUAGGAUAUGUAAUCAGUGAAUUGUGUGCUAAAAUACGCCUACACUUAUAUUAUCUAGAAAGCAUUUUAUAACCAGUGUGACAAUUUGCUCAUUGUUCUUGUGUGGUGGAGAUUGUUCUUGUGUGGUGGAGAUUGUUCUAGUGCGAUAUUCCUUGCUUUUUUUGUCCAGUCACAUACAUAGCUCAGUGAAAAUCAUGUGAACUGAAUGUUGGUGCAUUGUCCAAUUACUUGUAUCCUUAGUGUCAUGUGACUUGGAACAUUACCCAAUCGGAUGGCUUGAUGAAGUCGUGAUGUGAAAAAGUGGGAUGAAACAUGACACUAAAUAACCACACUAUAGAUCUAUGUGCUGCCAUUAUGCAUGAUGUGUUGAAGGUACUGUCAUAGUUAUCUCUAGGAAUCAUCUGUGUCUUACUUGUGAAUAUACAACAAGACAAUAUCCUGAGGAACGGAAUAAAUGUGUUCGAUGAAGUCAUCAGGAAGUAUGUAUAGAACCAAUCAUUUUAAAAACCAUUUGAAGAAAAAAGUAUUAUUUUUUGAAAGAUAAAUGUUUAUAUUGUUUUAUUGCAAUGACUAGAGAUGCUGGAAGUGAAAGUUCGCAAUUAGUGUAAUUGAUUUUUUUUUUACUUUUCUGAUUUUACUCCUUUUUUGCCCUUAUUUAAAAUGAAACUUAUCCAACCUCAAGCAGAUAUAACUUUCAUCAUUAUCUUACAAAGUCUAGUGAUAUAGUUUGGAUUUGCUCUUUUAAUUUUUUGGUUUUUCAAUUUUUUUUUUUUUUUUUUUUUCUUGUCAACGAAAACAUUGCUAAAUGGCCAAUUUUUAGCUCACCUGUCACAUAGUGACAAGGUGAGCUUUUGUGAUCACGCAGCGUCCGUCGUCCGUCCGUCCGUAAACUUUUGCUUGUGACCACUCUAGAGGUCACAUUUUUUGUGGGAUCUUUAUGAAAGUUGGUCAGAAUGUUCAUCUUGAUGAUAUCUAGGUCAAGUUCGAAACUGGGUCACGUGCCAUCAAAAACUAGGUCAGUAGGUCUAAAAAUAGAAAAACCUUGUGACCUCUCUAGAGGCCAUAUAUUUCAAAAGAUCUUCAUGAAAAUUGGUCAGAAUGUUCACCUUGAUGAUAGCUAGGCCAAAUCGAAACUGGGUCACGUGCCGACAAAAACUAGGUCAGUAGGUCUAAAAAUAGAAAAACCUUGUGACCUCUCUAGAGGCCAUAUAUUUCACAAGUUCUUCAUGAAAAUGGGUCAGAACGUUCAUCUUGAUGAUAUCUAGGUCAAGUUCGAAACUGGGUCACGUGCCUUCAAAAACUAGGUCAGUAGGUCAAAUAAUAGAAAAACCUUGUGACCUCUCUAAAGGCCAUAUUUUUUCAUGGGAUCUGUAUGAAAGUUGGUCUGAAUGUUCACCUUGAUGAUAUCUAGGUCAAGUUUGAAACUGGGUCAUGUGCGGUCAAAAAUUAGGUCAGUAGGUCUAAAAAUAGAAAAACCUUGUGACCUCCCUAGAGGCCAUAUAUUUCAUGAGAUCUUCAUGAAAAUUGGUCAGAAUGUUCACCUUGAUGAUAUCUAGGUCAAGUUCGAAAGUGGGUCACGUGCCUUCAAAAACUAGGUCAGUAGGUCAAAUAAUAGAAAAACCUUGUGACCUCUCUUGAGGCCAUAUUUUUCAUGGGAUCUGUAUGAAAGUUGGUCUGAAUGUUCCUCUUGAUGAUAUUUAGGUCAAGUUCGAAAGUGGGUCACCUGCCAUUAAAAACUAUGUCAGUAGGUCAAAUAAUAGAAAAACUUCGUGACCUCUCUAAAGGCCAUAUUUUUCAUGGGAUCUGUAUGAAAAUUGGUCUGAAUGUUCAUCUUGAUGAUAUCUAGGUCAAGUUCGAAACAGGGUGAUGUGUGGUCAAAAACUAGGUCAGUAGGUCUAAAAAUAGAAAAACCUUGUGACCUCUCUAGAGGCCACACUUAUGAAUGGAUCUCCAUAAAAAUUGGUCAGAAUGUUCACCUUGAUGAUAUCUAGGACAAGUUUGAAACUGGGUCAUGUGCCUUAAAAAACUAGGUCAGUAGGUCAAAUAAUAAAAAAACCUUGUGACCUCUCUAGAGGCCAUACUUUUCAUGGGAUCUGUAUGAAAGUUGGUCUGAAUGUUCAUCUUGAUGAUAUCUAGGUCAAGUUUGAAACUGGGUCAACAUCGGUCAAAAACUAGGUCAGUAGGUCUAAAAUUAUUAAAAUCUUUUGACCUCUCUAGAGGCCAUAUCUUUCAAUGGAUCUUCAUGAAAAUUGAUCUGAAUGUUCACCUUGAUGAUAUCUAGGUCAGUUUCGAAACUGGGUCACGUGCGGUCAAAAACUAGGCCAGUAGGUAUAAAAAUAGAAAAACCUUGUGACCUCUCUAGGUGCCAUAUUUUUCAUGAGAUUUAUGAAAAUUAGUGAGAGUGUUCACCUUGAUGAUAUCUAGGUAAAGUUCAAAACAGGGUCAUGUACCUUCGAAAACUAGGUCAAUAGGUCAAAUAAUAGAAAAACCUUGUGACCUCUCUAGAGACCAUAUUUUUCAAUGGAUCUUCAUGAAAAUUGGUCAGAAUUUUUAUCUUGAUAAUAUCUAGGUCAAGUUCAAAACUGGGUCACAUGAGCUCAAAAACUAGGUCACUAUGUCAAAUAAUAGAAAAAACGACAUCAUACUCAAAACUGGGUCAUGUGGGAAGAGGUGAGCGAUUCAGGACCAUCAUGGUCCUCUUGUUUAUUAAUUACUGUUGCAAUAUUUAUUAGAUAAUAAUUGUUCAUGUGUAAAAAGGGAUUUUUCAUGUACAUAAAAUAAAUUUAUUUUUUUAGAUAUUGUCAUUGAAAAGACGAGUUGGACUUUUACAAACACAUGCCAUAAAUCCCUGUUACUGUUUGUUCGAAAAUUAAACAACUUGCUUUUAGUAUUUUUUUGAAAGUCUAAUGGAGAAGUUCUGUUAGAAGGUUUGUGCUAUAUAACUGUUUAUUUGUAAGAAAUGAUCUGUAGUUUUCUUUAAGUAUGGGCAGGUAGAGGUAUAUCUGUAUAUAAAAUGUCUCUUCAAAACCAUUGUGAUCUUUGGUCCAUGUGUGAUAAACAUUUCUAUUACAUUGUGUUAUUUUGUGUAUUUUUGUUCAUUUACUUAUACUCUUGACCAAAACAAGUAUAUUUUGUUUUGAAGCUGGCACUGCAAUACAGUUGGUGAAAAAGUAACUUUUAGUACUAGCAACUGGUUAGAUUUAGAGAUGGGUUAAUUGUGUAAAAGAAAGUUACCUAUGUUUGUAUAAGCUAUAAAAAUAAAAGUUUUCUUGUUUAACAAUGGUUGUGUGAAGGGCUUGCAUCAAGCCAAGAAUUUACUAGUAUAGCAGGUAUAGAAGUAAAACUAAGUCACACUAGCAUGUGCGUCCUCAUUUAUCCCCAGUUUGUGUUAUGACGAAUGUGAAUUGUGCCACAAUCUUUGUUUUCUCUUCGUUUCAGUCUGUAAUAGCAUCAACCGCGAUCCUUUUUUUUUUAUUCACAUUUUUAGCAAAAUUGUAUUUUAUUUGUCCUUGAGGAAUAUAUAUAAGUCUCCAUGAAUGUUAGUUUUGAUAUUUUACUGGAAAUAGAAGUGAAACAAGGCAUAAUAUUGUGUCUCAUUAGCUUGUAUCAACCACUAACAUUUAUCUGUAUGAUUUAGGUAAAUUGGAUGUUAACCCAAAAUAGAAUACAAUUUCACAAAGUAUAUUUCUACCAGAAACUUGAGAAAACUUAAAAUUAUACUAAUGAGUAAUCAUCUAUAAUAACAACUGUGUGAUAUGAGAUGAUUUUCUAUUUCCUGGGGCUGUCAUUCGAAAUUUUGAAUCUGUGUCAACUGACAAAUAUGGACAGUACGUAAAUUUAAUAUAUUUGUAAGGCAAGAACAUACAAGUUAUUGCAGGUAGAGGUAGAUCGAUCCAAGUUAAUUUCAAGAUGAGAUAACCUUUUUUUUUGCCCACAAAAUUAAAGAAUUUGUGACAAAACAAAGCAAACAUAGAUGAUUUACACUUUUCUUUUUAAUUUUCAAAGGACAUUAUUUUAUUGAAGUUAUUCAUCUCUGUUGUAACAGUGUUCCAAAAUUCUGUACUGGUAUAUCAUAGACGUUGCCAUAUUUUCAGUACAUCAGUAUGGCAGUGAACAGCAACAGCUGUACUAUUUCCCUUCCCUCAGACAUACAUUUCUUAGCACUGCUGUUCCCCACUUUACUCCAUCAUAAAUGAGUUUUGUAGCAUUUCAUUAAUUUUUUUAUAGGAAAAAGGCUUGUUAAAAACUUCUUUAAAGCAUUUUAUAUUUCAUUUCAUUUGACUUUGUAUUUAUGCUUAUUUGUUGCUAGUAUUUGCAUUAAUUUUGAUCUCAUUUGAUCUACAGUUGUCUAAAUAAACUGGAAAACUGUUGAAAUUGACUGUGUAAAUAUUACUGUAUUAAUUAAUAACAAGUUUGAACUUUUAUUUUGAAAUUAGCUUAAACAGAGAAACAGAAAAUAGGGUUAUUUAAAACAUUUCUAUUAAAUCCAAGACAAAAAAUGCUGCAUUCAACAGAUUUUGGGUGUUUUUUUCUCCUUUCAUUUUGCUAGCCAUGGAGAAAUGUAAAUGAGAAAUAAUCUGUACAUAGUUAUCAUGAUUUUGUUUCAAGAGUCCUAAAAUUAUAUGGUGAUAUACUAUAACAUUUGCAGAAUUAAAGAAAGAUAUAUGUACUGAAAUUAUCAAUUUAUCAUUAUGUAAUACUAACAGUUGUAGAAUCCUACCAAUUAGCACAAAGAAAAUAUUUUUGUAGAUGUCCGUCCAGGCAGUUGUGAGUAGAUAAAGCUACGUUGAUCAGUAGUUAAUGAGAGAAAUGCACUAACCUCCCAUUUCAGUUACAGGUUAUUGCAGCUUGUUCAUCUUGAACAUAACAAUCAAAUCAAUUUACUAUGCAUAGGUCCUGUAUAUAGAAUUCACAUUCAUGUUUAUACAUUUUCAUGCUGAUGCUUGUUGGAUUUAGAGAUAUUAUCACACAAUGUGGUGACAGCCAUGGCUCCAUUUCCAGUCAGUAUUUAUAGAUUGCCCUUGCCCUGUAAACAGUCCAAUCUUUGAAAUCUUUGUAUUUCUGUUUUAUUAUUUAAAUAAGUAUUUAAGUUUGUGAAUAAGUUUUCCAGGUAUGAAAUAUAUUGAGAUAGGUCUUGCAUUGUGAGCAACUAAGACUGUUGAAAUCUAUGAAUGACACAAUUAUGGAGUAAGAUUUGUGGUUUAUGAAAUAUUUAUGGUUUUUACAUUUAUUUAAUAUAAGGAAUCCAGAGAUGUUAAAAUUAUUUGCCAUCUACAGUUGAUAUUCAGUGCUGAUGUGUAUGUUACAACUACAAGUUCAUGAUAAUUGCCCGGUGUUCUAUAGAAGCGUUGUAUUUUCAAUAUAUAUGGGAGACAACUUUUUCAUCCACUCUGUUUAAUAUAAAACACAUUGUUUGUGUAGACUAAACAAAAUGGCAACUGUGAAAUAUAUAUUUUUUAAUGCAACUUAGUUAACACAACAUAAAGACACAUACAUACUUAUCAUGUAUAUGAAAAAAGGACUAUUGGUAUGCUGCUCUUUACAUAUUAACUGGUCAAAACAACACACUGGCUGUUAUUACUAGAUAAAAAGUUUACUCACAUAUGAAAGUAUACAGGUAGCCUUGACCUGUGAUGGAAAAAUUGAAUAUAUAUAUUUCAUUUACAGUUACAUAUAUUGAUAAUACAGCUGACAUGCACAAUGACUUUCUCAACACAACUUUUGGAAACAUUUCAUUUUAUUUUGUAAUAAAGGUUGUUUAUAUAUAUUGAACACAGUUUAGACUUGUCUAUUCCUCACACCACUUGUGCAAUGAGUACAUUACAGAUAUUCAUCGUGUAACUACCACCCACUGAUACAUAAAUAUAGUUUUAUUUGGCAUUUUCAACAUGUAGUUUAUGUAAUUAACAUAUAUUUAUAAAUAGAAGUUACUGCUUGAGGAGUUAUAUUAUUCGCAUGUUUUUUGACACAGGUCCUUCAUGGUUACAUACAUUAUUGUAAAAAAUAGAGGGGUUUCACUAUCUGUUAAAUUGAGCAAAUUUUUAAAUUAUUUUCAAUUGUGAAUUUAACAGCAUUGUUAUAUAUUUGUAGUUUUUUUGGAAAAAUAGAACAUCUUUGCUUCAUUUGUAAUUGUUUCCUUUAAAAAUUUGGAGCAUAGAAUAUGUUUGACCCAGGGUAAUUAUACAACAGUGGGGCAUAUAUUUACCUGAAUAAGUCAGAUUUUCCUAUUAAAUGAAAAUUUUGGCAUUGAAAGAAAAACAUCACAAGAUACCAUUGACCUCUCAGUGGGGCCUCUAGGAAAAUGUAUGGUUUAAAUUUGUGUCAUUUAAUUAAGGGAAAAAAUUCAAAUGAUGUCACAGAAUAUGUGAAACAAACAAUAGAAGACUGUUUGUAUUGUUACUCAGUGAUUUUUAUCAUGCCUAUGUAUGACAGGGAUUCAUAUUUAUUUGACAUUGUUGUUUAAGGACCUGCACAGACCGUUUCCCUGCCCACCAUUUACAUUUUACACAGUACUUUGCUAUGAAUGCUCCCUAUCUGUCAUCUGCAAUAAGGAAUAACAAAUAUCAUAAAAUGCAUAUUCACUGAUCAGUCUUGGCUCCUUCUAAAGUUUGUAUUUACAAACUGAUUAAAAACAUAGGAUACAUCAAUGGGGGGGGGGGGGGGGGAAUGUUUUUGUAAAGUCAUAUGUCUAAUAACAUUCUUAUAAAUGAUAAAAUUGAAAACAUUUUUGUUGAUGAAAUUUUUAAGGAGCAGCACAUUUUAUGAUAUUUGAAAAACAUUUAGAAAAAAUAUUGACAUCAGAGGUUCCAUUAUAACCUAACAGAAUUUAAAAAUGAGUAUAUUAUAAAUACUGAUAUAAAUUAAGCUGUUUCAGAUUCUUUUAUUUAUUUAUUUUGAUGCCUAUUUUCAUUUGUAAUGCGAAUAAUGCAAGGACAAUCCUAGUGCAACUUUUUGCUUGUUUCUCUGCAGCCGUUAAUAUUCAUUUCAUUUAUAUCAUAAAACAAGUUUUAACAAAGCCUGUCUGUGUCACAGGUAACGAACUGUGCAGGUCUUGGAAAUUCAUAUUGAUACUCGCAUCCAAUCACUUGCUUCGUGGUCUUAUUUAAUAAAAAAUGCCUGUCGAAAAAUUGUA